UUUGUUUUUGUUACCGGCGCAGAUUUUGUCCGUUUUGUGUCGUUUCGUGCCAUCAAUCAUAACCUGAGCGGAGCCGCGCCUCUGUGUCGAGACUCUGUGCCCUGGUCUGUGGCUCUGCGGGAUAGGGUGGUUCAGAAGGCAGUGGCUGUGGAUGUUCUCCUUCUGGUCGUCUUCAGCCUCCAGCACAGUCUGCUGGCCUGGACUCCAAUGAAGAGAGUCUGUCAGAGUGUGUUUGGGGUUUUGAGCAGAUCUGUGUAUUGUUUCACCACCGCCGCUGCACUGCAGAUAUUAAUGCACUAUUGGCGCCCGGUCACCAGCGCCCCCUGCCUGUGGUCAGUGAGCAGUGCACCAUGGGAAAUCUGGUUCCCGCUCAUCUGUUUUAUAGUACACUUCUUGUGCUGGGCUAUAAUCUGCAGC